AUGGUAAAUGCAACACAGGUUUCAUAUUUCACUCUAAGUGCCUACUUUGACACUGGUGUUUUAAAAUAUUUAUAUUUUGUCAUUAUUUUGUCUUUAUAUGUUUUAAUUCUUUGUGCCAAUGUGUUGCUGAUUGUGAUUAUCUGUAUGAACAGAAGUUUACAUGAACCUAUGUACCUGUUUCUGUGCAGCCUGUUUGUAAAUGAACUGUAUGGUAGUACAGGGUUGUUUCCAUUCCUUCUGCUUCAGAUCCUCUCUGACAUUCACACUGUUCCUGCUUCUUUUUGUUUCCUGCAGAUUUUCUGUGUUUAUACAUAUGUGUGUGUAGAAUUUUUUACUUUAGUCAUCAUGUCUUAUGACAGAUAUCUCGCUAUCUGUUAUCCUCUACAAUAUAACACACGAAUGACAACUAAAAAAGUUGCAGUGCUUAUUUUUGUAACAUGGUUAUUUCCUUUUCUUGCGAUUGUUGUUUUGAUAUCUCUGAGCGCACCUUUGCAGCUGUGUGGGAACAUUAUUAACAAAGUGUACUGUGGAAACUACUCCAUUGUUAAACUGGCCUGCUCUGACACCAGAGUAAAUAACAUUUAUGGACUCAUCUACACAGUUAUAUCAAUCAUUAUUCCUCUCAUUUUAAUUCUUUACACUUACAUGAAGAUUCUUAAAGUUUGUUUUUCUGGUUCUAAACAGACCAGACAAAAAGCUGUCAGUACCUGCACACCUCACCUUGCUUCUCUGAUCAACUUUUCUUUUGGUUGUUGUUUUCAAAUAUUACAGAGCAGAUUUGAUAUGACUGGUGUACCCAUUAUGCUGGACAUUUUGUUGUCAUUAUACUUUCUAACAUGCCAGCCUCUUUUUACACCUGUUUUGUACUGGGCUGAAAAUGUCCAAAAUCUGUACCCUUUGUAAACGUCUGUUGUGUGGUGAAGUGUAGGUCAGUCUGCACAUCUGUGCUGUUCAACCAUGAAAAAGCAAUGAAUGAAUUCCUUU